AUGGGGAGCUGGACUCCAGCCCCCCAGACAGAUUUCAUACUGGUGGGACUCAUCAACAACAAUGGUGGACUCCCCACCAUCCUCUCCACCCUGAUAAGCAUCACCUUUGUCGUGGCCCUGACUGGAAAUUCGACCAUGAUAGUCCUCAUGCACAAGAACACCCAACUCCAAACCCCUAUGUAUUUCCUGCUCAAUCACCUCUCCCUCAUGGAUGCCAUAUACAUCUGCACAACUGUGCCCAAGAUGAUGGUGGACCAGUUGACCGGGCAGAAGGCCAUUUCCUGCUGGGGGUGUAUGGCUCAGAUCUUCCUGUAUGUGACCCUGCUGGGAGCCGAAUACUUCCUCCUGGAGUUCAUGGCCUACGACCAAUACGUGGCCAUCAUCCACCAUCUAUGCUACCCGGUCCUCAUGAGCCAGAGGAGGUGUGUCCAGAUGGCGGCGGGGUCCUGGCUCUUCGGAGCCAGAGAUGGCUUCCUGGUCACCCCCAUAGGCACGAGCUUCCCCGACUGUGGUUCAAGAGUCAUCGACAGCUUCUUCUGCGAAGUCCCUGCCCUGCUGAAGCUCUCCUGCAUUGACACUUCAGUCUACGAGUCGGUGAUAUAUAUCUGCUUCAUCUUGAUGCUCUUGGUUCCCUUCGCUCUCAUCGCCUUCUCCUAUGGCCAGAUCGUGGCCGUCGUGCUGGGCACGUGCUCGGCUCAUGCCCGGAAGAAGGCCAUGGCCACCUGCUCUUCCCACCUGAUCGUGGUCGGCCUCUUUUACGGGGCGGCCAUAUUCACUUACAUGCGCCCCAAUUCCUACCACACUCCCGGGCAGGAUAGGGAACUGUCUGUCUUCUACGCCAUCCUCACUCCUGUGCUAAACCCUGUGAUCUAUGGCCUCCGCUAUGAAGUAGGGGCAGGGGCUUUUUGGAAGGUGCUAGGGAGAUGUACUUAUAUACAGAGAAUGUGA